AAAUAACAUCCCACCAACCUCUACCAUGAGCGAACAACCAGAAAUUUGCAGUCUAUGUCUUGGUGGAGACACCGACGUACCUCCCUUCGGGUCCUUAGACGAUGCUCGUGACUUGAUUCAUCCUUGUUCCACCUGUUCAAUUGUGGUUCACAGAAAGUGCUUACUCGACUGGUUCAACGCUUCGCCAUCUGAUAAGUUGCGUAUAUUUGAACCCACAUCUUUAGAAGACCUGACGCAUGAGUUGGUUUCGACGCUGAACGUAAGACCUGGUCCCGUUCACAAUGACUUGGAAAUUGGCCAUCCUAGUGACACUACAGAUAUUCGGAUCAAUCUUUCUACAAACAAUCUUAACAACUGGGUGACAAGUUUGAUGAACCCUUCAAAUCCACUUUUACCCGCCAACCGCCGCUCAACCGUAUUCAUUCUUGCUCCUUGCCCCCAAUGCAAAAACGAAAUUGUUUUCAGUAUGAAGAGAUCUCCAGUUUUGACCUUCAAUACCGGGGUAAGAUCAAUGCUUUCCAAGGGGCUACAGUAUUCGGGACUCUUUUUGGGGGUUACAUCUGCCGUCACCGGGGUGGUGUCGAUGGGAUACAUUGCACUCACGUCAUGCGGAUUGAAGAUGAUGAACGGGAUUGUUCCGGAACCAAUUCUUGUGAAGAUGCUCACUAAGAACGCUGCUAGCCAAAGUUCACUUUCGAUGCUCUCUUCGCUUUUGGUUAACACCACCAACAAUACCAACAACUACGGACUCGACAACUUGGAGACGGCCUUGUCCCGGGGAUUGAUAGACCCAUUCAAGUUUUCUCGGAUUCCUAUUCUCCCCAUUAUAUUAUACAGAAUGAGACAAUCUUCGUUUGUGCAAUGUGUUUUCCAGAAUUUUCAUAAAGAGGUCAAGUUGAGCAAUUGGUUUGCCGAGUUCAUGAUCAGUGGAUACAUAUCCUCGUUGGGAAAUCAUCAGCUCGCUCGAAUUGUCUACCAGAAUGUAUUGAAUAACGUCUCAAGCGUUAUCAGAAAUCCGUUGACGUUCUACAAGUAUUUGAAUGUGUUCAAAGGGGUUGACUUUUGGAACACAAAUAACAUGAUUUCCAUGCUUAUACCCGCAAGAAUUCUCUACGACUUAUUAUUCCGGGUCACCUUGAACCAAUUGCACUUUGAUAUUGCCAUGAAGGUGAGGCCUCGCACCAUUGCCAACAACAUGCCAGAGCAUGAGUUUGACGAGUUUGAACUCUUGAACAACAAACUCAACAACAUCAGGAUCCUUCUUAAAGACUACACCACCCCCAAGAAAGACGAAGACAGUCUUUCUCAGUGGAUAAAUAGCAAGGUUAAUGUGCUUAAGACACUUUUCAAGGAUGGAUUGAUCCUCAAAUAUAUUCGGUUGAAAGUAUAUUUGCUGAUGCUUAAAGCGAAGGCUUGCCUCAAGGAUGACUACUCCGAGACGUUCUCGUACCGUUCUUUCACACUUCGGUGUCUUACCACGGUGGCAUGGCCCUUUGUAUCCUCAAAGUUGGGGCUGUUUGUCAAUGCGGUGAUCUCCAAAGGGAUCAACUCCCGUGUUCCUCAGGAAAACGUAAUGUUUCUCAGUAACCUCAUUGCAUUGGUAUUGGUGGUUUUGGCUAAGGACAUUGUCAACGUUUAUAUCACCAACCAGAAGAAGAACCAAUUGGCCAAAUUGAGCGUGAUAAACUUCGACCUGAAUGCGGACUUGGAGGUGGUUUUUGGGUCUCAGACAGACCUAGCUACAGAGAUCCAGGAUAUAAAUCGUGAACUAGAGGAAUUCACCACUACUUCUUUCCCCGGUGGCUUUGAAAUAGAUAUGUACUGAUAAGAGCCAGGGAGUCGUGGCCCAACCACAAGGGUCCCUCAACUUGUGUAGACAGUAGGAAUAUAAAUGGUCAGUUUUCC